CGUAGUUCCUAGAAGUUUGUCUCCAUUCCAACAAACUGAGAUCUCAGGCUGUUGCUCCUUACCCCGAGAAACACCAGCAUAAAAAAACUCAGCUUCAUCAUGGUGCAGAAAGUCGCAGUGAUCGGGGCCGGCCCCUCUGGUCUCACCAGCAUAAAGGCUUGUCUGGAUGAGGGCAUGGAGCCAACCUGCUUUGAAAGCAGCGACGACAUGGGGGGGCUCUGGAGGUUCAAGGAAGUCUCUGAGCCAAACAGGGCUAGCAUCUAUCGCUCUUUAACCAUCAAUAUCUGGAAGGAGAUGAUGUGCUACAGCGACUUCCCCAUCCCUGCUGAUUAUCCCAACUACAUGCACCACUCUAAAAUCCUGAAGUACUUCAGGAUGUACGCAGAUCACUUUAAACUACUGCAGCACAUCCGCUUCCAGACGUCAGUGAAAAAAGUCACAAAGAGACCAGACUUUCCUCGCACCGGUCAGUGGGAGGUGGUGACGGAGAACAAAGACGGAUUAGAGGAGAGGUCAUUACACCUACCCUAA